GACCUUGAAAGUGAAGUUGCUAAGCAGAAGGAACUCCGGAUGAUGUACAGAAAGAGAAUGGAGAGAACACAUGACUAUCUAAAAUACUGUCUUCAAGUGGCACAAGACAAUGGUUUCCUGGACCUAAUAAUUAACAAGAAUAAAAAUGAUCAUGACCAACAAGAAUGCCCUCUUAAUUCUACCAUUAAUCUCAGCAUCAAUGCUAGCCCUCAACUAUCUUCUCCAGUUCACCAACAUGCCGACCUUACUGCCCUCGUUGGUCAAGCUAAGAUGAACGGAUGGUACAUUGAACAUAACGAGAUUGAACUGCAAGAGAAAAUAGGCCAAGGAAGCACGGCGGUCAUUUACAGAGCAAGUUGGCGAGGGCUUGAUGUUGCCGUGAAGUGCAUAUUUCCUGAUUUUUUCCAGUCAAAUGAAAGUGGUGUAGCAUUUUUCGCUCAAGAGCUCGACACUUUAUCUAGGCAGCGCCAUCGUUACGUGCUGCAACUAAUGGGUGCAUGUCUUGAUCCUCCUAAGCAUGCAUGGGUUGUGACAGAAUUGUUGGGCAUGACCUUGAAGGAAUGGCUCUAUGGACCGGGUAAUAGUAGGCAAAAAGAGAGGUUAACUCCACUUGCUCCAUUUGGGGAGAGGAUUGCUAGAGCACUAGAGAUUGCUCAAGCAAUGCAAUAUCUACACGAACAAAAACCAAAAAUCAUUCAUCGCGAUCUUAAGCCUAGCAAUAUAUUCUUGGACGACGCUAAUCAUGUUAGAAUAGCAGAUUUCGGUCAUGCCAGAUUCUUGGGAGAUGAGGAGAUGGCACUUACUGGUGAAACUGGAACAUACGUUUAUAUGGCACCGGAGGUCAUUCGCUGCGAACCUUAUAACGAAAAAUGCGAUGUAUACAGCUUCGGUGUAAUACUUAACGAGAUUAUAACCGGUAAUCAUCCAUACAUAGGAACAAAUUUUGGUCCCAGCAAGAUUGCGAUGGAAGUUGCAGAAGGUAACCUGAGGCCUAUGCUUCCAGAGGAUCACAGUGGCCAACUUGGUGAACUCAUCAAUCUCAUUUGCCUUUCAUGGGAUCAAGAUGCUUCCAUUAGACCAUCUUUCGCAACCGUCACUUCCACUCUGAAAAAGAUUCAACUGAGAAUCAUCGAGAGUGAUGAUUAUAACUAAUUGCUAUUUAUUAUCUUCAUGUGAUAGUUCAGAUGUCCAGUCAAACUCCUAACGUGGUUAGCUAAAAUAUACACUAUACCUGUGUUAAUUUUUUGAGCAGCAAAUUCCUUA